AUGGCCCAGGAAGUCUCUCAAUUCAUCUGCGACAACAUCAACAUGCCAUCCUGUCACCCACUCGAUCUCAACACCACCUCCUACCUGAGCAGAUCGGGCUCAAUCCUAGGCAUCCAGGUCGAUGCGCCCUACACGAUGGCCCUGAACCUCAUUGGUGUCCUCCUCUGCCUCAGAAUGUACCAGAAUACGAAUAACAUGCAUGCUUGCAUUGGUAAGGGAGAGGUUAAGCUUAUUCUCCUCUGUUUUGUUCUGAACAACUUGCUUCUUGUUGCGUGCAUCAACUUCCAGGCCGUGAUCGUAGGCGCCUCUGACGGCGCCUAUCUCCUCCUUGCUGCCGCCCAGCUCACCCUCUUUGGCACGCUCCACUUCGGAAUAUUCGCAUCUGGAAUCACAAUCGACCGAAUCCAUGGAAUCAUGAGAAUGCAGUCCCACGUCUUCCUGAGUGCCAUCCUCUGCUGCUUUGCCUCUGUUCUCCUUGCAUUUGCUCUCAUUGGCCUCUACAUCAACAACUACCUGGUC